CCAAAACGGUCAUCCCCCUGCCGCACCUCCGAGCUGGGAAAAAAAUUUCUAAAUUCCAAAACGGUCAUCCCCCUGCCGCAGCUCCGAGCCGAAAAAAAAAAUAAAAAUUUAACUUUCAAAACGGUCAUCCCCCUGCCGCAGCUCCGAGCCGAAAAAAAAAAUAAAAAUUUAACUUUCAAAACGGUCAUCCCCUUGCCGCAGCUCGCUCGGGACCCGGGUCCGAACCCCGGCUGACGCCGCCGCGGGGCAUCCUGGGAGGAGCCGCCGCACCCGACCGGUCCGACCGGGAGAACCGAGUCCCAGCACCCGCCCGCCCGGAGGCCCCGCCCACCCCGGAAAGUCCCCGUCCCCCGCCGCCCGGGCCUCAGUUUCCCCCGCGGAUCCGGCGAUGGCGGCGGCGCCGCUGCUGCUCCUGGCGCUGGCGCUGCUGCUGGCGUCGCCCCGGGCAACGCGCGUGCGCGGUGACGACGGCGGCGACUUUGACCUCGCGGACGCCUUGGACCCCGAUCCGACUCCGAAGCCCGGCGGGGGCCUCUACCCGAAGCUCCCGGCGGACCCGCUGCCCUCGGACCCACACGGCGGCGGAGAUCCGACGUCGAAGCCCGGGGGUCUCUACCCGAAGCUCCCGGCGGACCCGCUGCCCUCGGACCCACACGGCGGCGGAGGCGUCUACCCCCCGCCCAGGCCCCGCCCACAGCCGCCCAGGCCCCGCCCACAGCCCAGCGACACCAAUGGCUUCGGAGGAAGUGGUGGCUAUGGCGGAUACAGCGGCGGCCAUGACACGCACGGUGGCGGCCACGGCCCUACACACCACGGCGAUGACGUAGGCGGAGCCCAGGGAAACACCGUCGCUCGCAUCGUCUCCCCGAUCGUCUCGGUCGUCGUCGUGGCGCUCGUGGGCGCCGGCGUCAGCUACUUCCGGUCCGGGCAGCGGCGGGGGUGCCUGGGGCGCAGCGACCCCGAGACCAUCUGAUGGCUCCAAUCUGGGCGAUGAUGACGACGCAGGGCGAGCAAGGCGGUGAUGUCACCUGACCCCCUGGCGUUGCAGCUGGGGUGUGAAUAAACGAAGGUCGCGCCCGCUAAAUCAUUCGUUCUUUCU